AAACUAAGGCUUUGGUCGUGGUUCUCUUGUCCUCCUGUGAUAUAUUUACCGUUACAAAUUUGAAACAGAGGAAAGGGAGCAGAGAACCACACUUUUAUCGGAGGAGCUUCGAAAAAUAUCGAUGGCCGCCGCGGCAAACAUUUGUAAUCUCAGCGUGCAAGAAACCAUUCAUGGUGAGUUGUACAUGUACAACCUUCCCGCUUUUGAUUUUCGAAAAUCCAUUUGCGACAAAAGGACGUGUAGGCACAAGGAGUUAUACGACCAAAAUAGGGAACCUGAAAAAUCGCAUAUCAUUUAACUUGCGAAAUUAUUUUGACGGCGAAACACAAACAUCGACUUUUCUCUCUAAACAUCAAACGUAUUACUAGAUUUCUCGACUGAGAAGCUCAUAGUUAAUUUGUUAAAGGGAAAUUUGAAGGCCUUUCGUUCAAUGAUCGAACUUUCCUAAUAUUUGCCUUUUCGGAGACCGCUUGCAAAGUAUAUUGACAGUACUGACAGUAUAUAGCAAUACAGUUAUAGUCGCGUGAUCGUUUUCAGUUUCAAACCGGAACCACCACAAGUGUGAAAUGACCAUAAUCAAAUAAAUCCAAAUGUAUUUGUUUUUGGGGGGUUAUCAUUACCCUAUCUCCGACUCCCUGCUAAAAUUACGCCGUUUUCUCGUUUUUCCUCGAUUUUAAAGUCCUUUCUAUGAUAAAAACUAGAGAGCUUUCGUAGAAAAAUAAUAUAUAUCUCACGAAUUUAUGAAUACAGUGCGCUCAUCGAUGGCAAAUACGAUAUUCAGAUUAUGUGGUUUCGCAUGUUCAGGCGGGUACUUUUAAUUAUCUUAGCGCGAGUGAUGAUCAAAAACAAAGUGAAAAUUAAAGACAUGCAUCUAGCUGGAACGACACGGGACAAUUCAAGUUUUUGAAACCAAGAAAAAAUAAAUGAAAACUGCCUUCAAGCCCAAGGCAGUUUUCAAUUACUUCACCGUCUUCAUUGUCAACAGCGUACGGAGGGCUGGGGGGGUGGGGUGGGUAUUCUACUGACUUGUUUAAUUUUAAAUAAUCUCUCCAGUGUCCAUAUACCUUUAUUUGCUUUUCGCGUUUUCCUUGUUUUCAGUUUGAAUGGAGUACCUCUUUAAUCGAUUUUCUUUCAUGUGGCACACAAGGCAUUUUUCUAAAAAUAUAUAUUUUUAAAACAUUUGCAAUGCAAUUAGUUGAUGACUCGUCGGGGAUUCCCCUAAUAGUGACAUAUCUAGUUUCCAGUCUCCUUUGGGGCUGCUCCUGUCGUCUUAAAACAAAAAAAAUAAAUCGUCUUAACUGUCUUAACUUGAUGUUAUUUUUAUACACGUGUUGGACUCUUUUGAAAAGCGUCGCCCCGUCCAUAUUUUUCAGUACUCCUUGCUCGGGUUGUAAUAAUUUAUCACUACUGGGGAGCUUUAAUCCAACCAUAACCAAAACGACAGCAAGGCCGUCAAAAAGGGUCACACUUUUUGGACAUUACCCGACAACGUGAUACGACGUAAUACCACCUUUUGCGGAGAAAGUAAACAAACGAUGAAAAAUUUCUCUUUCUCAUUCUACUGCUGAACUUGGAUGCAGUGUCACAGACAUCAACUCCCAGAAAAUAUUCCUAUUUUUAACAAAUUGAGGGUGCUGGAAUAAUCGCCAUCUGGUUUGAAAGAACGCGAAUCACUUUAUCGGUGACACUUAGGCCCAGUUCAGACGUCGUGCUUCUGCCGUGCACAAAAGCACGGCAGAAGCACGGCAGAGCCAAGAUCUGGGACGUUUUAAGGAGCGAUUUUAGACCUCAAAACUCACUGUUUAGUGACGUAAUGGUGUCCCUGAACAGUCACGUGACAUACGUUUGUCUAGGCGAAAGAACACCGAAAGCGAUCGAUAUUACACGCGAAAGACGCGACCAUGUAGACAAACGCUUUGGCCGUGUUUCUCUUGUCCUCCUCCGAUAGAUUUACCGUUACAACUUUGAAACAGAGGAAAGGGAGCAGAGAACCAUACUUUUAUCGGAAGAGCUUCGAAAAAUAUCGAUGGCCGCCGCGGUAAACAUUUGUAAUCUCAGCGUGCAAGACACCAUUCAUGGUGAGUUGUACAUGUACAACGUUCCCGCUUUAGAUUUUCGAAAAUCCAUUGGCGACAAAAGAACCUGUAGGCACAAGGAGUUAUACGAGCAAAAUAGGGAACCUGAAAUAUCGCAUACAAUUUAACUCGCGAAAUUAUUUUGACGGCGAAACCGCCUAAGUACAAGUGUUCUUGUCAACACAAACAUCGACUUUUCUCUCUAAACUUCAAACGUAUUACUAGAUUUCCGACUGAGAAACUCAUGGUUAAUUUGCCAAGGAGAAAUUAGAAGGCCUUUCGUUCAAUGAUCGAACUUUCCUAAUAUUUUACUGACCUCUUCGGAGACCCGUUGCAAAGUAUAUUGUUAGUACUGAGUACAGUUAUAGUCGCGUGAUCGUUUUCAGUUUCAAACCGGAACCACUGCAAGUGUGAAAUGACCAUAAUCAGAUAAAUCCAAAUGUAUUUGCUUUUUGGGGGUUAUCAUUACCCUAUCUCUGACUCUGUACUAAAAUUACGCCGUUUUCUCGUUUUUCCUCGAUUUUAAAGUCCUUUCUAUGAUAAAAACUAGAGAGUUUUCGUAGAAAAAUAAUAUAAUAUAUCUCACGAAUUUAUGAUUACAGUGCGUUCAUCGAUCGCAAAUACGAUAUUCAGAUUAUGUGGUUUCGCAUGCUUAGGCGGGUACUUUUAAUUAUCUUAGCGCGAGUGAUGAUCAAAAACAAAGUGAAAAUUAAAGACAUGCUGGAAUAACACGGGACAAUUCAAAUUUUUGAAACCAACAAAAAAAUAAAUGAAAACUGCGUUCAAGCCCACGGCAAUUUUCAAUUACUUCACCGUUUUUAUUGUCAACAGAGUUCGGAGGGCAGGGGAGGCCAUUCUACGGACUUGUAUAUAAUUAAAUAAUCUCUCCGAUGUCCAUAUACCUUUUUUUAUUUUCGGUUUUCCUUGUUUUUAGUUUGAAAGGAGUACUAGUACCUCUUGAAUUGAUUUUCUUUCAUGUUGAACACAAGCCAUUUUUCUAAAAAUAUGAAUUUGUAAAACAUUUGCAAUGCAAUUAAUUAAGUUGAUGACAUGUCGGGGAUUCCCCUAAUAGGGACAUAAUCUAGUUUCGAGUCUCUUUUGCGAGCUAAAAAUAAAUCAUCUUAAAUUCUCUAUUUUCCAAUUUCCCAUAAUACACUCUGUUUGCCCCCCAAAUUUUGAAAAACCAUUGUUUUUAAAUGCUCCUGGGAGUAUUGCAUUUUCCCAAGAGCAUUUUAAGACAAUAAGUUAUGCGAAAUUUGGGGGGCAGACAGGGUGUAUUAUGGGGAAUUGGAAAAUAGUCAAUUGAUGUUAUUUUUAUACACGUAAUGGACUCUUUUGAAAAGCGUCGCCCCGUCCACAUUUUUCCGCACUCCUUGCUCGGGUUGUAAUAAUUUAUCACUAGAAGGGAGCUUUGAACAUCACCUGACAAUGUGAUACGACGUAAUACCACCUUUAACGGAGAACGUAAACAAAACAAUGAAAAAUUUAUAUUUCUCAUUCUACUGCUGAACUUGGAUGGAUGCAGGGCCAAAGACAUCAACUCCCAAAUUGAGCGUGUUGGAAUAAUCGCCGUAUAGGUUUGAAAGAACGCGAAUCACUAUAUCGGUGACGCUUCGGUUGCCGUCGCUACGGUGGUAAACUGAUCCACCAUUUUAUUGUUGUUUUCUUGUUUUAUAUUUUUCCUCUUGCUCGCCCUGCCGUAAGGAUCAGUUUACUGCCUUUUUUUUUUUUAAAUUUGAUACUGGAGAUUUUAGUGAUCCAGGUCUAUGCAAGAUCCGCUGACCACACUGAUUUGUCGCUGUGGUUUUACCUGUAGUGUUUUCACUCACGUGGCCAGCAUCCAUUCAAAUUUAUUGGAACAAAAGAAAGCGUUUGCAUAAGAAAAGAGUUCAACUCCCAGAGGAUUGGUUUGGGACACCAACAUGGCCGCCGAUUCAUUGUUUUGGGACGCCAAUAUGGCCGCCGUGACGUCAUAUGAAAACACCUUAUAUUUAAUUUUUUUUUGCUUACAAUAGACCUUUUGACGGUUUUUUUCAACUUUUUUAUGGACCAGUUUGGGAAAAUCCGUCGACAUCACUGAAAAGAGCUCCUUAAAAUUAGUAAAAUUGCCAAAUUUGAAAGUGAUACGUCACUAGCGAGCGAAAAUAUAGAGCGUUUUCACUCACGUGACCAGCGUCUAUGCAAAUUUAUGGGAACAGAAGAAAGUGUUUACAUAAGAAAAGAGAUCAACUCCCACAAGAUUGAUUUGGAACACCAAUAUGGCCGCCGUGACGUCACGUGAUAACGCUCUAUAGUUUCGAAAAGUUGCGUAAUUUUACAGACGUUACAAACGUCUGUAAAAUUACGCAACUUUGAGGAGCUGUAUCUUCAUUAGUUUUCAACAAAUCACUUUCAUACGAUGGCGAUUUUAUUAAUUUUAAGGUGCUCUUUUCUGUGUUGUCGACGGAUUUUCCCGAACUUGUCCGUGUCAAAAGUUGAAAAAUCCCGUGAAAAGGUCUAUCCCUUUUGUUCCUUUUACUACAUGCGAGGAUAAUUGCAAAGAUGGGGCGAGCAAUGGUGUUAAAUUUAACAUCUUCUGUCUAUUUUACUUUUAAAAGCCCCUCAUUCAACAACAACUACGUUCAGGCCAAAAAGCGCCCGUAUCGAGAUUCUACACCAAUGCAGACAGCUGUCAGACGGCAUUCGUUUUAGCCAAUCAAAUGGAUAUCCCGUACAUCCGUACGUGACAUUAUCCCCUUACCCCUUCCUGGUGGUGCAGUUUGUUGUUGCGGUCAAGGACGAAGAAACGAAAGAAAUCUGGGAAUGUAAUGCGACACCAGACUUCCAUCAGAUUCAUAUCACGGUAGGAAACGCUUAAACAUAGGGAACCCACACAAUCGGUUCGAGUAACUGUUUCAAGCUUCAUGUAAAUGUCGGGUUUUACUGUUAUUAUUUACCAGAUAUGUUAAUCGCUUAAUACUGAGCAUUUUGAGCUGUUUAAAGUGUAGCGACGAAGUCUACAAAGUAUUUUGCAUAUCUUUGGUACAUCGUUGUCGACCAUGCGAAUCUGAGCGAUUUUGUGUUCGCUUGGUUUAAAACAUGCAAAUCACUUAAAUUUUCAAUUUGGAAGCAAAAGAACGAAAAUCCAGUACGUUAAGAUACUUCCACGUUUCUUUAGUAUCCAUACAAAUUUUACGCGAUUCUUUAUGGGCACAAAGAUAGUGAAGCUCGCACUGAUAAUGAAACGACCAUUACAUGAACUGUUAAAAGCAAGCAUGGUCUUUUUGGAUGCGUCACUACUUUGGACCAUCAAACUAACCCUCCCCCUCCUCUCCUCUCCCCUUGCCCUCCCCUCCCCAAUCCUGCCUUAACAGGUUUAUCUGAGCAAAACAACAACUCUGCGCGUGCAUCACGCUUUUUUGUACAUUUCUUAGCCGUCCCUGCACAACUACCGUCGGUUGCAUCUAAGCGUGGACACGAGAUAAAAAAAACAUGUUCUAUUAGGGACGGACCAUUAGAAAACUUAUCGGGGGGGGGGGGGGGGGGGGGGAAACUACAAAGAAAUCAGAAAUACACGGAAUGUAGGGACUAGUAUGAGUAAGAUUUCCUGGGGCGAGAGGCGGGCGAGGGAGAAGUACAAAAAAAAUUUUGCGAAAGGGAAAACUAAAUGAAAAAAAAUUCUUGCACGCCAAUUAACCCUAAAAAAUAUUCAUGCUAUGGCCUAAAAAAAAUUCAUACAAGGAAUUUGAUAGCGAAAAAAAAUUCCUGCGGCUCGAAAAUUCCCCUCCCCCCCCCCCAUAACUUUUCUAAUGGUCCGUCCCUUAGAGUGCCAGACAUGACGUGUUUUGCCGCCAAACAUUUGAAGUUUGACAGCCGUUAAAGCAAACUGUCACGCCAAAGGUAAGUUGUUUAUGUUUUUGAUCAGUGAGUUCCGCUCAUAUUUCAUUUUUCUCAACUUUCAGGCAUAUUUCUCGCUCAGAAACAGCACACUUGCCGCCAGAAAUUAUUCUUGACGUCUAAAAAUUCGUGCAAAGAAUAUUUCGAUGAGCGACAACAAAUCAAGUCGACAAAAGCCGCUUACUUCCAACUUCACAUGUUUGGCGGCAAAACAUGUCAUGUUUGCACCCAGUUCGAACAUGUUUUUUCCUCAUGUGUACACGCUUUGAUGCAACCGACGGUACGACGUGAGAUGACCAAAUUUUGAGUUGAUUUGAGAAUGGGAAUGGCAAGGCGAUAAAUAUUACUAUAUCUUUCUCUGAACUCGAACGCGAUCUCCUCUGUUCAGUUAUAACCCAACAUCCCAACUUUCAAGUCACUGAGUGACUUGGUUUAAAUGGGGAAAAGUUUCAAAGGGCGCAAAGUCUAUUUUUCAGCGACGUUUUCAUUAGUGUCGCCUUUGUCGGAUCGUAAAGUCCCUAUUGUCAAAAGGGCACUGUACUUGACAAUAAACGGAUAUGAAUUAUUUGUAAUAAAAUUAAAAUAACUUUGUUUUUUUUCUGUUCUACAGAGGGAUAGAAUAUUCAGUAUUGUGCCGGAACUAAGUGAGCCUUGCUGCUCUGUGUUGGCACACAGCGUUGACUGCAGGAAUGAGCCACUUCCACCAUAUGCUGGAAAUCUAGUAUUUAUGCUGCCUGUGAAACAUGAGAUGCCCUGUCACUACGCUGUUAGAAUCAAGCUGUGCAAAGGAGUAGACCCUCGUGAUUGGCAAGGUACUCUUAACGCAAGCAAAUACGUAUUUAUAAAUCAGCGGUCAUGAUAUCUCAAGAAGACUGAUCAAUACGUUGUAAAACUUUCCAAAGAGCCAGCUUUCCUUUGAAAAUGACGCAGUGCAAUUAUAGCAGCACAGUCUUUACCAGGGGGAGAACUUGGUGCCAUGUGAGAAAAAGGGCGUUCCUGAUUGGUGAGCAGUUCGUUAGAACAUUUGGGCCAAACCACUAAGAGCUUAGUUCCCCUUCGUUCUAGCCUCGGGCUCACUACCAAAUUACCAUACAGUGGAAUGGCCUCAAGAAAGAAAGUGUUGUAAAAUGUGUUGGGUUGUUUUUCCUAUUUGUUCAUUACACCAGCAGGCGAAAUUUGGAUCGUUUUAAAGCAAAUCCUGCCGAUGAGUACGAGCCAUAAGCUAAGCUACGUAAGCUACAAAUAUCUCUGUAUCGUUUGUACCAGUUGCAAUAGUAUUUGUUUUUGUUGUUUCUCUAGUUUUGGAUGAGUAUCAGUUCUUCAUUGAAUCACACAAAAGAGGCUCCAAACUGUACGACUUUCAGAGCGGAAGAACAAUCACAGAAGUGGAAAAGCCAGUGCCCAAAAUUCAGAUGCAAGGUAUACGGCAGUCCCCUCUUUUGGGCCUCUUUUGGAACCAGAUCUCAUCGACUGAAACCAGUGGUUUCAGUAAAACUAUGGGUCUGGUGUAGUAUUCUUCUCUUUACUUACUUUCCAUGUACGCAAUCACCACUAUUUAAAUUUUGGAACUGUACUUUCAACAAAGAGCAGAUUGAAAAGCGCAGAGCCUUAAGGGAAGAAAAGUUUCACGCGUGACUUAAUAGACCAUCGUAUCCAACCCACUCUCGACCCGAAGUUGCACGAAUUACCCCAUUCUUAACCGCCCCCACCCCCACUACGUCCUCGCAAAAAAUUAUAUAAUGUAGCAAUUCAACAUACAUAUUUUCUUAUUAGGUGUUCUCGCUGGCGAAAUGGGCAAAGCCAUCAGGAUGCAUUUUCAAAACCUCGGCGAUAACGGUUUGUAUAAACCAUUUUAAACUUGUUUUGUAUAAGGGCGUUUUUCUGGGGAAGGCGAUUAUAUGUAGCAUGAACUUUGGUAAGAAAUGAUAGACGUGUCAGAAACACUUGUAUUAAAAACGGCUGAGACCAGAAUAGAUAAAAUACUAAAGGGGAUCACCCCUAUGCACUAUGUAUUACAACACUCACCCCUAUGGACUAUGCAUUACAAUACUUUGUAGUCCUAUCAUACUACUUUUCUGGAAUUAAAGAAAAACAUCACUUCAAUUUUUUAGGUAGGUACAAUCAGUUCCUGAGAGAUCGAAGCAAACUUGUUGCCCAGGUGAACGGAAAAGUCAAGUAUCAGGAUCUACUGUCAGCUGUUUUACUCGAGGUAAAAGUGUAAGUCGAGGCAAUGGGUGAUUUUAAAAAAAUCUGGAUUGGGAGGUUGGGUUUAGAUAACAACUGACAUACUGCUUCACGCGUUUGAUAUAUCUAAGUGUCUGGAUAUCACAUUAGUAUUAGGUGCUUUUUUGUGUUUGGAUAUCAGAUGAAGCACUCAUUCAUGUGUUUAAUAUAUCACUUCUCCAUGUUUUGAUUUUAAAUGAAAAACCCCAUCUCGUGCUCGAUAGAAUAAUUCUCGGUAUUUGGUUAUCAGAUGAAACACUCGUUCUCGUCUUUGACAUUUUACUCCUCGGUGUUUGAUAUCAGAUGAAAAACCUCAUUUCGUGUUUGAUUGAAUAAUAUUCGGAGUUUGUAUAUCCAAUGAAACACUCAUUCUCCUGCUUGAUAUUACAUAACUUUUCGGUGUUUGGAUAUCGAAUGAGACACUCCUUAACGUGUUUGACUGAAUAAAACUCGGGGCUUGGAUAUCAGAUGAAACACUAAUUCCAGUUUUAAAUAUUUUACUUCUCGGUGCUUGGAGAUCAAAUAAAACACCCCAUCCCGUGUUUGAUUUAACAAUACUCGGGGUUUGGAUAUCCGAUGAAACACUCAUUUUCUUGUUUGAUACAAUAAUUCUCGGGGUUUCAUCAAAUGAUUAUUGGGUGCUUCUCGGUGUUUGGAGAUCUACUAGUAAUACUGAACCCUGCUCGUGUUUUCUUUCCUCAAGGAAGCAAUCAUUUAUUUUGGGCAAAACAAAAUGGAGGAUUGUCUGGAAAAAUGUUGGGAGGUCCACGCUCGAGCAAUGCGUCAUAAUUCAGGAAACUGGCCAUUUCUCAUGACGAAAGCUUUUUACAUAAUCUCUGCUGUGUACCGGCAAAGAAAAGAAUUCGACAAAGCCGACGAAUUUAUGGAAAGAUCCUCUGAGGUAAUUAACUUCAAAAAAAGCGUUUUCAGUUCGUUUUUCCUGUGUAAAAUUUUUUCAGGUUAAUGCACGAAUUAGCUGAAUAACUACUCGCACCCACCAGAUCGUCAAACCUCGGAUGAGGUUUGGCAUGUUUUAAGAUAAAGGUAAAGGUAAAGAGUCUUUAUAUUAUAAAUGUUUUGGAAAUUGUAAUUUGUUUACCCACGGAGCCCUUAGGAGUUCAUGAGAACUCGUUGAAACGUGUCCGUGCGUUCCACAUCGAAUUGGAACAACAACAAACUAAACCCACAUAUGGCGUCGACGCUAGGAUUCGAACCCGGGCCACAUUGGUGGGAGGCGAGUGCUCUCAGCACUGCGCCACCCUUGCACCCUUAUUUCUUCCGAGCCGCCUGUGUCGCUGGCUGGAAAAACAUCUUUCUCGGGGUUUGCGUUUUCUUAAAACCAACACUGCUCUUUAAUUUGUCUGUAGUGCUUGGAGCCUGCUUCCUUGAGUGAAGAAACCGCUGUUAACAGAUACAACGCGGCUGCCUUAAUGGCGGAAAAAUCAGCUACAUUUGACCUGACACCUGAAGAAGAACGGGAAGUGGAGAGACUCUUUGAAGAGGUGGCGGGAAUUUGGUCGCAGCAGAGAGAAAAUGAAACACUGAGAUGUGUCAUAAGGAGCUACAACAGAAUGAUCACGUACUUUUUGAAGACAUCUCGCUCGGCUUUUCCAGAUCUGAGGUUCGUACCAUUGGGCUUUCAUUAAAAACACCAAACUAAAACACACCGUUCUAUACUGGCUUCUCGCCCUCAGAAUAAAUGCUCUCCUUGUCUGCAAUAGCCUGUUCCAGGCUUCAAGAAAGCGGGGAAAGACGAUCGAAAAAAAAAAAAAAAGCGUGGGGACUCUGAGAUUCUGGCACAGACUUACACGCCUAAAUAUCCUUUGCUUGAGAGAAACGUUGCAUCUUCUGACCAAUGAUUGACGAAUUUCACAGUUGCACAUGAAACGAAAUUUUUUUGUCUUUGUAGGAAACUUGUCACUGAGACGAAACUUGCCAAAGCUGAUGAAGCCAUUCAGAAGUUCGAGAAAAACCUACUUCCCCAUUCUCCCAAGAGGUUGGAAGCCACAUUCCUCAUAGGUAAAGCUGACUACUACAUUCGUCGAGCUACGAGGGAAAGGAUGGAUAUAACGCAACAGCAGAGAGCUACAGAUUUUCAAAAAGGUACACUUUACAUUUAUUUGCCUGUGAUGGGCUUUAAAGGAGUCCGUUUCACAUCUUAUAUUAAUAGGGAAGGGAAUUAUAGGCACUUGCAACUGCCCUGGUAUUUGGUGGUUUUUGCUAAAGGCAGCCACAACUGAUCACGUUGUCUGGUGAAGUCAGAGUGGAUUUGGUGGGCGCGCCCAAAUUACUCAGUAAGUAAGAAGGUGCUAUUUCAUUGAUACACCGGGAGGUUGAGCGCUUGUAGAUUUCGCCAGCCGAAAACAGUAGACAGUUCUUCAGACUCGACAGCACGGCUGUCGAUUAUAAAUGCAGAACGGCGAUUAAGUUUGUUUAAGUAGGAUUUACUACCCUGGCGACAGCUAUACAACUGUCCCAAACGACAAAUUAAAAUAAAGGCAUGCAGUACCAUCGUGUUAUAUAAUGUAAUACAAGCAGACUUUGGUAGACCGUUUCGAGCGCGACGCCAUAAUGCUAAUUUAGAACUGAGGCAGAUCCUUUCACCCAUUGAACUACAUGCUCUUUCCAAGAAACGUUUCACCCGUAAUUGCACCAAGGUUAUUUAUAAGUUUAACACUGUAUAUACAAUUACAGAAUCUCUACUUUGUCAGACGAGUACCAUAUAACAAGUAGUAGCCCUUGUCAUGAAAGUACCCGAUUCACGGAUGGUGAGGUGCCCCAUUGAAUCGAUGGCCUUUUUGAUAUCAUUUCGCAUUCUUCUCAUCUAUAUAGCCACUACAGUCCUUGAAGAGGCAAUGCGAAUAUCCCAGCAACUCAAAAUGGAGAAGGAGAUAGAUGGGAUACAAGACCGAAAUGUAACCAUUCAAAAUCUCACUCGGAAUGGUUUAGAUUGGUUCAAUGAGCGACCCCCGCAGAACCCGCCAACUUCCCGUGGCCCUCAGGAAGUGAACACCGAUGAUCUGGAUGAUCUACUACAGAACAUGUUCAGUCAAGAAAUCGAGUAA